AUGGCUGUGAAUGUCAGUCUCACAUCUGAAAAUAAUUACAGCCAGUUUGAGUUGCUGACCUGGCUCAACGAAUCACUGCAAACCAAAUUCAAUAAGGUGGAGCAAAUAUGCUCAGGGGCAGCAUUUUGCCAGCUGAUGGACUGGCUCUUCCCAGGGUCUGUAAAACUGGAGAGGGUUAAAUUUCAAGCUGAGACAGAAGUGGAAUUUAUUUAUAACUACAGUUUGUUACAAGCUUCAUUCAGGCAUGCUGGAAUAACCAAAUCACUCUCAGUAGAGGGAUUAAUCACCGGGAAUUUUGAAAACAAUUUCAUGUUUUUGAAGUGGUUCAAGCUGCUUUUUGAGGCAAAUGACCAUGGGCAGAAGUACAGUCCUUUAGAGGCUCGCAAAGGGCAGAAUACCAAGAGAGCAAGGCCCCAGCAGGUGGGGAACACUGGAAUGGUAGGCCCAGCAAAAGCAUUUUCAUUCCACAACAACAUGUUGAAGUUCCUUAAGAAGCAUUGUAGCAGCCAGGGGGUCCAAAAGAACCUGGGAUAUGGGGGUAAGGUGUCCCACCACACUGCCAGGACCCUUUUAGGGCAGAACUACCCAAAGGACAUUGUGGCCAUUUGCUGUCAGACGCCCUACUGUGUGUAUCUUUACCGUGGUGUGGCGCUAGACAAGGAGAACACUGUGUGCUUGGUCCUAGUUGGCUUUUUUGAUGAGAUAAUGGGCAGAAACUGCAUCCGACUGCUGGAUGUCAUUCAGCCACCUGAAGACACAGAUGCUUUUCUGUUCACUUGCCUCGUCGAAACCUUGAACAAGUUUGAUAUUUUGCUUUGCAAUUUUGUGACUUUUUACACAGACGCCAAUGCUACGUUCACUCAACAGUUUUUCUCAUUUCUCCAGAAGAUGAACCCUGAUAUAGUCUCCCUUUUCAGUUUGUAUGUUCUGGCUGACCAAGCUUGUCAGUCAGGGCUGAAGGCCCUGCCAAGCCAAGUGGAGGAACUUGUUAUGAAUAUCCAUGACCACUACUCUACUUGUCCCACCACAAAUGACAACCUAAAAGAGAUCUUUGUCAACACGGGGACAUCUGACACCACGCUGCAAAUUUCAGCCCAGUGCUUGGUCUUAAGCAGCAUUAUCCAGAAGUUUCUUAACAUGUGGCCUGACCUUAUCUCCUACUUCAAGUCUUGCAGUGGCAUGAGUGACAAAGCUAAGCAGAUUUGUGCACAGCUGGAAAAACCCCAGCUCAGAUUGACAUUUAUGUUCCUCAGCCAUGCCCUAGAGCCUCUCUGUGCCUUCCAGCGCAAGCUCAAAUGUAGUGGGGGCACAAGCAAGACAGACCUGGCUGAAAUUCUGUUGGAGGCCAGUAGCUUGCUGCAUGUAUAUGCUGCCAGGUUCAUGCACCCAGAAGCUGUGGAGAAGUUCAUCAGCAGUUGUAACACUCAUCUUUUGAGGGACACGGUGGACCAUCUGCCUGAAACCGAGAUUAAUGUGGGUGCCUCUGCUCGGGAGUUCUUGGCCCAGAGUGAGAAUGAGCUGACUGACACCAUGGGAAACUUUGCUGAAGAAGUUGUUGCUUUUUACACUGCCCUCAUAGAGAGCAUUGCAGGAAGCCUGCCUCUCGGUGGCACCAGUCUCAGGACCAUUUCCCUUCUGUUGAAACCCAGGGGAAAACAGAAUCUAACUGGCAAGAUGGUGGUAGAUCUGGGCAGCCAGCUUGGGCUCUGCAAAACUCCCAAAGAGGCCGGGCAGCUCAUGAAUGAGUUCUCUGACUGUCAGCUGUUGAAUGGCGAGGAGGAAUCCCCAGCUGACUCCCAAGACCCCUCAUUUGGGCUGCGAUGGGGCACAACGCUGAAGACCAUAGGCCUGACUUCUAUUCUCCGAAAACUCAUCCUAACCAUUCUGGCUCUGCCAUUCCCACCCCUGGAACCACAGGAGAUGUUUCAUCAGGACAAAGUUAGGGGGUCACAUGGCUGGGGGAGGAGCCUGCGCCAGCAACCGCAGGCUCGACUAUUAUUUCAGGCUGGUGUCAGCACCCAGGAAAAACCUCAAACACAUGAUGAGAAUAAGAGCCCAAGAAAGACUGUAGUAAGCCCUGUGGUGAAGCAGAACAGUAAUAACACAUCAACUCCUAGCAACGCACAUAGGAAGACUUCCCAAAACCUGGUGAAGCAGAACAGUAAUAACACAUCAACUCCUAACAACGCACAUAGGAAGACUUCCCCAUACCUGGAUGGCAAAGGUUUUAAUUUUGGGGAGCUGGUGUGGGGGCAGGUUGAAGGAUUCUCAGUGUGGCCUGCCCAGGUGGUUGGCUGGAGACCCAAGCAGCCCCCCACGGGCAUGCGCAUGGUGCAGUGGUUUGGAGACGGAUUGUUCUCACAGACCCAUGUAGAAGGGCUCCAGAGCCUUGAUGCUUUUGCCAAGUGUUUCUGUGCUGACUCCUUUGCAAAGCUGCCCAUCUAUAAGGAGGCCAUUUUCCGAUGCUUGAAGUUGGCUGCUGAAAGGUGUGGAAAAACAUUUCCAGCAGGGCAGUCGGCGGAGAAGGAGGCGCAUCUGAAGUUGAUGCUGGACUGGGCUUUUGGCGGUUUCAAACCCACUGGACCAGAGGCAUUCAGACCUCCAUUACAGACUGAUGCUGAAAGUAUCAGCAAUCUCAGUCCUGUCCUCAAAAAGCAAGAGUCUGGCCUCAAAAGGGACGAGUCUGGCCUCAAAAAGCAAGAGUCGACUUGCACAAGGAAAGAGGCUGCUGACCAGAAGCUGUGUACUACCAAUGGGAAGCAAGAGUCUCCCCUUACAAAACAAGAUUCCUCCAGUAAGAAGUUGUCUUUCAAUGGGAAGCAAAAGUCUCCCCUUACAAAACAAGAUUCCUCCAGUAAGAAGUUGUCUUUAAAUGGGAAGCAAGAGUCUCCCCACACAAAACAAGGUUCUUCCGGUAAGAAGUUGUCUUUCAGUGGGAAGCAGGAGUCAUUCAACAAAAAGCAAGACUCUGCCAAUAAAAACCAAGAGACUGUUGAUGGGAAGCAGGAGCUGGUCAAUGAGCAGGCAGAGACGACUGAACCGCCACUCAAAAAACUGAAGCAAACCUGCAAGAACAAAGACUACAGCAGUAUGACUAUCCAGGAGCGGCGCAAUGGCAGAGAACACAUGGUUUGCCAAGUUUUGAAGAAUAGAGAAAGCAUUAAUGAUUUCUGCUUGUCGUGUGGAACAACUGAGAUUGAAAUCUUUCACCCACUAUUUGAAGGGAGUUUAUGCAUAAAAUGCAAGGCUAACUUCACUGAGACGCUGUACCGCUAUGAUGAGGAUGGAUACCAGUCGUACUGCACCGUGUGUUGUGCUGGACUGGAGGUUGUCCUCUGUGGCAACUCCAACUGCUGUCGCUCUUUCUGCGUGGACUGCCUGAAUAUCCUGGUGGGCGCGGGCACCUUUGAGCAGCUGAUGGAGGUGGACCCGUGGAGCUGCUAUCUCUGCAUCCCCUCCCAGCGCUACGGCGUGCUCAAAAGCCGCUUGGACUGGAGCGUUCGUGUGCAGGCCUUCUUUGCCAACAACAGCGGGAUGGAGUUUGACCCUCAUCGAGUUUAUCCAUCUGUCUCUGCCAAGCAGCGACGCCCUAUUAAGGUCCUCUCCCUCUUUGACGGAAUAGCCACAGGAUAUUUGGUGUUGAAGGACCUGGGAUUCAAGGUGGACCUAUAUGUAGCUUCAGAGAUCUGUGAAGACUCCAUCACGGUGGGAAAGAUCAAUCAUGAAGGCAGAAUCGUGCACGUGAAUGAUGCGCGUACCAUAACCAAGAAACAUAUUGCUGAAUGGGGUCCGUUUGAUCUUCUGAUUGGUGGAAGCCCCUGUAAUGACCUGUCCAUUGUAAAUCCUGCUCGGAAAGGUCUUUUUGAGGGCACAGGCAGGCUCUUCUUUGAAUACUAUCGGCUGUUGAACAUAUUGAAGCCCAAAGAUGACGACAACCGGCCUUUCUUCUGGCUCUUUGAGAAUGUGGUGGCCAUGUGCAACAGAGACAAAGAAGACAUAUGCCGCUUCCUUGAGUGUAACCCCAUUCUGAUCGAUGCUGUGAAAGUGAGCCCUGCCCACAGAGCACGCUACUUCUGGGGCAACUUGCCAGGAAUGGACAGGCCCAUCAUUGCCUCUUUGAGUGACAAGGUUGACCUCCAGCAGUGCCUUGAAACUGGACGGCAGGCCAAGCUUACCAAAGUGCGUACCAUCACAACACAAUCAAACUCCCUCAAGCAGGGGAAGACUGAGGUUUGUCCUGUCACCAUGGAUGGGAAAGAUGAUAUGCUGUGGAUCACAGAGCUGGAAAAGAUCUUUGGCUUUCCAAAGCAUUAUACUGACGUAAACAACAUGAACCGGGCCCAGCGUCAGAAGGUACUGGGCCGCUCUUGGAGUGUUCCUGUGAUAAGGCACCUCUUUGCACCCCUGAAAGAUUACUUCGCCUGUGAAUAGGCUUCUGGCCCCCUACCCCCUUCCUAUCAGGCCUUGUUGCCUGGCAACAGAAAGGCAGGUGGGGGAAGGGCUAAAAGGGGGGUGUGCACAGAGGAACAAGACCCCCUACCUUUUACUGCAGUGAAAUGAACAAAUUGAUGAAUUGGAUUUUAAAAAGAUUUUGUUCACUUGCCUUUAUAUACUUGGUUUGCUUGAAUAUCUUUUGUACCCCUUUUAAGAGAAGAAUUGAUUUUUUAAGUUUUAUUGAUAAUCUGUGAUUUUUACAUCUGUUAUAGGACUCACAUAACUUAUAACAUCCACCAUGGCACUGCCACUUUAUGUCAUUCUUCAGAAGUAUCAGAAUUGCAUUCUCUCCAUAGGACUGGAGCCCUCUUGCCCUCCCACUGCCUACCUCAUUGCUAUUCUGUAACUGCCGCAGUGGCUGUAUUUUCCACUUUUUACUGGUAUUUAAAAUUGUAAUUAUAAUGUAAUCUAACAUUCUGAUGUUGAGCAUUGUGUAGAAUGUGAGCUUGCAAGCUAAAUUGUUCCCUUAGUAUUAUUAGUGUUUUAUUUGCCAUAACGUGUAGCUUAUUUUUUAGCUGGCUUUUUAAUGUUUUUAACUAAUUACUCAUUUUAGCUUGACUUGAGAAAGGAACCAAACACUUGCAUGUAUUUUAAUGCAUUCAUAUUAAUCACCAGAAUACAGUUCUAGUUUUACUAAACGUAAAGGUUACAAGUGCAUGUCCUUGUUAUGUAUCACUGCAGUGUCGCAGUAAUAUUAUUACUAUGGUGCUUUUCCUGGUUUAGGUUGUAUGGGAAAUGUGAAGUCAUUUAUUACAUAACCAUUAAACAUUUUAUGCACAAGUAAAUACAAUUUAAAUUUAGUAUGCCACAAAGAAGUAUGCCCAUUGAAAGAAAAUGAUUGUAAAGAAAAGGCCUGUCAUGAAAAAAGUUGGAAGACCAAAUUGAAUCUUGCUUUUGGAGUAAUGUGGCUCUGUAUUAUUUAUGAAAAGAUACCUCUUUGAGAAUGUAGCCUGCUGACAUGCUUUUAACCCUUAAGUACUGUAUCUGACCCUAUAGAGAGUUGGAACAUUAUCUAACCCAAAUUUGCGCUACAUGAUCAUCUGCCAAACAAUUUAUAUCCAAGUUACUUUAUCAGUAUAAUCAUAAAAUAUUAAUGUAAAGAAAUUCAUAAUUUAUUUUUUAAAUGGACCAAGAAUUGGCAAAUGAUUAACCAUACGUCAAGUUAACAAAUUCUGCAUACCGUAGUGUGCAAAAAUCUGGGCACCCCUGGUUGAAAAGCCUUUUACAAUUAAUAUCUAAGUGAACAGACGUGAACCUGACUUCUAAAUGGUACAAUUUUAAACAUGAAAUAUUUCUUCAAAUUUUAAAUGGAAAAAAGGCCCUGAGCAAAAGUUUGGGAUCCCUAUCAGUUAGUACUUUGUAACUCCUCCUCUGGCUACUAUAACAGCUUGUAAACGCUUCCUGUAGCCAGCAGUCUUUCAGUUCUCGCUUUUGGAAUUUUCCCCCAUUCUUACUGGCAGAGCCUUGCAUAUAGGGCAUGUUUGAGAUCUCUCCACAGAUUUUCAAUAAUAUUCAAGUCUGGGACUGUGGUGGCCAUUCCAAAACCUUCAUCCGUCUUUCCUGGAAGUACUUCCUGGUUGAUUUUGAGGGUCUGGGCCUUAGUAAUCAUCUUUUUAAAAAGUAACAAAGAAUAAUACAAAAGGGUUCCCAAACUUUUGCACAGGGCAUGCAAAAGGUCUCGUGUUUAACUUUGUACCACAUAGAGUUCAGGUUUGCUUUUGAUUACAUACAGACAUUUAAACCAGGGGUGCCAAGAUUUGUGCACCCCACUGUAGGUGGCAAAGAUAGAAACUGUUAUCAUAUGAUCGAUCAGGGCCUAGUGGCUAAGGUACUUGACUGGAACCUGGAUGGUUGGUGGUUCAAGCCCCGGGGUGGCCACGAUAAGAUCCGCACAACUGUUAGGCCCUUGAGCAAGGCCCAUAACCCUGCAUUGCUCCAGGGGGGAAUGUCCCCUGCUAAUUCUAAUCAAUUGUCAUUAUCCUGGUGCUACAUAAACUAAAUGCAGAAGAGGGAUCAACAUUGCAUGGGUCUUUUAUACAAUACCUCAAU